AGCUCAUUCGGGUUUAGAGACGAAAAAAAUGGGCUUUCUGGGUUCAUCUCCUUCUUCUUCUUCUUCUUCAUCACUACCUCUCUGUUUUCUACUUGCUCUGUUUUUGGCCCUUAGCGCGGCGGUACUCUGCAAUGGCGGCCACACCAGCAGUUUCGUCAGGAAAGAGCAAAAGUCCGUCGACAUGCCCUUCGACAGCGACGUUUUCCGGCCGCCCUCCGGCCACAACGCUCCCCAGCAGGUGCACAUAACGCAAGGGGAUCAUGAAGGGAAGGCAAUGAUAAUCUCGUGGGUAACCAUGGAUGAACCUGGUUCGAGCGAAGUUGUUUACUGGAAGGAAAACGGAAGCUCCCAGAAGAAGACUGCGAAAGGGAAAUACACGACUUACAAGUACUACAACUACACAUCUGGGUACAUUCACCAUUGCAACAUCCGCAAGUUGGAGUAUAACACCAAAUAUUACUAUGAAGUUGGAAUUGGCCACAACGUGAGAAGAUUCUCCUUCACAACACCUCCUCCAGUCGGCCCUGAUGUUCCUUACACAUUUGGCAUGAUUGGUGAUCUUGGCCAGACUUUUGAUUCCAAUGCCACACUCACUCACUAUGAAAACAAUCCAAGGAAACCACAGACGUUGCUGUUCAUCGGGGACCUUUCUUAUGCCGAUAACUACCCGAAUCACGACAACACGAGAUGGGAUUCGUGGGCAAGGUUCGUCGAGAGAAGCGUUGCUUAUCAGCCUUGGAUCUGGACUCCUGGAAACCACGAGCUCGACUUCGCCCCAGAAAUUGGUGAAAACAAGCCUUUUAAGCCGUUCACCCACAGGUACCAUGUCCCAUUCAAAGCAUCAGGCAGUACUUCUCCACUUUGGUACUCCAUCAAGAGAGCUUCAGCUUACAUUAUCGUCUUGUCUUCAUAUUCCGCAUACGGUAAAUACACACCUCAGUAUCAAUGGCUGGAGGCUGAGCUGCCGAAGGUGAACAGAACCGAGACUCCGUGGUUGAUAGUGAUGGUGCAUUCCCCAUGGUACAACAGCUACAACUACCAUUACAUGGAAGGAGAGACCAUGAGGGUCAUGUACGAGUCGUGGCUCGUCGAUGCCAAGGUCGACCUUGUCCUCUCCGGUCACGUUCAUGCCUACGAACGAUCAGAACGUAUCUCCAACGUAGCUUACAACAUUGUGAACGGGAAAUGUGGUCCGGUGAAGAAUCAGGAUGCUCCGGUUUAUGUCACCAUUGGAGAUGGAGGCAACAUUGAAGGCUUGGCUAACAACAUGACUAAUCCGCAGCCAGAGUACUCUGCAUUCCGGGAGGCGAGCUUUGGACACGCCAUUUUAGAUAUCAAGAACAGGACGCAUGCUCACUAUAGCUGGCACAGGAACCAGGAUGGCUAUGCGACGGAAGCUGAUUCGAUGUGGUUCUAUAACAGAGUUUGGAACCCUGUUGAUGAUUCUACAAGCAGCCAGUCUUAGAUUUGAUUUUAGGCUGGAUUUCCUUUAUCAAAUUUGUUUGGAUUUUAUCAUCUUGUUUGAAUAAGCAUUUGUUCUUAGAGGGUGAUCAAUAAUUUUUAGAGUUGCAGGCUUUUGUUUUUCUGAUCUGUUACUUUGGUAGUUAUUGUUGGGGGAAAGUGUAUUACAGGGGAACUCUGUUCCUUAAUGUCUUGCAUGCCAAGUAUGUGAGAAUCCGUGGUGCGUUCUUCAGUUUAUCUCUUUAACUAUUCGGAUUAUUGUAUAUCUUAUGACGAAGUUAAAUAAGCUUUAUAAUAAAUAAAUAAAUAAAUA